CCUAAUCGAUCGUUGAACUUACGAAAAAAAUUACAGACGCCUUGCCCAAAAUGUCUACUAUCUGUGGUGAGGUCAAGCACGUGUUAAGGGGGUUAUGGUGCAUGAGACCAUACCUCCGCAAAUCUAUAUAUUCAACUGCAAUACAACGAAAGGUGAUGAGCUUCGCAGAAUCAACCUAUAAAUGAACCUUCCGGUAGAGACGAUGGUCCCUAUAACCACCCCUUCAAGUUGAUCAUUUAGGAGAUAUGUCUGGUGUGGAAACUUUCUCUGUUCCGUCAUCCGCAGAGGCUAUCUCCUCCGCGUGGCUUACUGCAUUGAUUUCUGACCUAUCCAGCCCCAGUUUUAAUCUCGAGCGCUCAUUUACACACGGUAGCUAUUGGCGGGAUCUCUUAGCAUUCAGUCCCGAUUUUCGCACCGUGUGUGCACUUCCAAAAAUCCAGCACUUUUUCUCGGUUCCCGUUGCUCUUGCGCGGCCAAGUCGUUUCCGACUCUUGCCAGGUGUUCGUCAUCGGUGGAUUGGUCCCACAAAAACGUUCAUUCAAGGAAUUAUUCAAUUCCAUACAGUGAUAGCGCAGUGCACUGGCGUCUUUACUCUUAGUCAAAGCGAGGAUUCCUCAUGGAAGGUUUGGUCCUUUGUGACCAUGAUGGAUCAGUUGUCCGGUGUGGUCGAUCGCUUUGGUGCACAUACGCCUCUCUGUCGUCCUGCUGAGUGGAAGACUAUAAUGAGGUACACGGCGAUCAUCGUGGGUGCAGGUCAGUGCGGCUUAUCCGUGGCCGCCCGUUUGGAGAAUCUCGGAAUCUCUACACUUGUCUUGGAGAGAUCUGGCGCAAUUGGCGAUGGUUGGCGUUCUCGAUACGAGUCACUGGAGACGAAUACUCCCAGGGCAUACAAUCAUCUUCCCUUCGUCACAUUUCCCGAGGGAUGCAAAUAUAUUCCCUGCAGAGACAUUGCUGACUAUCUUGAAAAUUACCAAAGGAUUCUUGGUCUUCACGUGUUGACCUUGGCACGCAUUUCUGCUACUUCAUAUGACACUUCGUCAAGUACCUGGACAUUAUCUAUAUCUAUUUCAGGGCAAGCCUCUAUUACUGUGACAGCCCGGCACCUGAUUGGUGCAACAGGUAUUGGUACAAUGGGAGGUGCACUCCCAUUUAUGCCUUCGAUUCCAGGAAAAAGCUCCUUUCUCGGUUCUGUUGUCCAUUCAAGCGAAUACAGGUCCUCCUCUUACUUCGGCGCGCAGAAAGUCGUCGUCGUUGGCGCAGGAUGCUCUGCGCACGAUAUUGCUCAGGACAUGGCAAAUCAUGGGUCUCAGACAGUGAUUGUCCAGCGUUCCCCGACUGCCGUUGCAAGUCGUCAGACGAUCGACUGUCUGCUUACCGGAUAUGUUGGGCAGGAUAUUCCUCCAACAGAGAUCGCCGACCGCCUAUAUGUCGCUCUCCCUUUGUCAGCUCUACAAAAUUCCCAGUAUGACACCAUGAAAAUACAUGCCUAUAUCGACCAGGACCUCAGGGAGAACUUGUCCCGGAAUGGAUAUCUCCUUCCCGGCCCUGAGGACAACUUUUUGCACCGUCUCUUCGUUCGACGAGGUGGCUUUUACAUCGACCGGGGUUGUGUAAAGCUCAUCACAUCUGGCGAGAUCACCGUCAAGUCCGGGCAUGAAAUUUCCCACUUCUCCCCUUCCGGGUUGGUAUUCGACGAUGGUUCGCAAGUGGUGGCCGACCUUGUCAUCUUCGCAACUGGGUACUCGAAAACUACGAUUAAACAAGUCGCUGAGAGCCUUUUUGGGCCCCAGGUUGCGGAUGCCGUCCAUGACCUUGAAGGAUGGGAUAGUGAUUGUGAACUCGCAGGUGUUUGGAGACCGACUGGACACGAUGGACUCUGGUUUGCAGAGGGCGAUCUCUUUGCUGCACGGUUCUACUCCCAGUUCCUUGCGUUACAGAUAAUGGCGAGGGAGAUGGGAUUGCUAAGUCCAGACCAGAAAACUUACAUCCCAUACUGAUUUCUGCGAUCAGCUUCUCAGUUAUCUUGAACAUUAUGUACGCGAGGUGUCCU